AUGCGAAUGCCCGCCGCGCCCAACCCUACAACCCCUCACUAUAUACAUAUAGCGACUGCCCAAGAGAGCCCCAGGACGGCCCAAGAGACGCUCAAGACGGCCCAAACGGGCCCCCAAAGGCGCCCAAGAGAAGCCCAAGAUUGGGAAAUCCAGCCCCCUUGCGCUGGCGAGAAGACGAAGACGCUGUGCAUGCCGCAGCUGCAGCGCGUGAGACAAAUGGCACUGAUGGAGGAGAAGAUGGCUGAGUUGAAAGCCAAUGCGAGCGCUGGCUGCCCGCCAGAGGUGUUUCAAGCUGCGCGCGUGAUCCUUCAGGGCGGAGUGAACCUCUUGAGCAAGUGA